GGCGGCAGCAGAGGAGAGAGCGGGAGGAGGGAGGGAACGCAGGAAGAGGGCAACCGAAGGCCGGGCCAGGUGGCUGGACCGGGUGCUGGCUACGCUGCUCUCGGUUCCGACGGCCUCUCUCAUGCGUUGAGGGCGCCCGGCUGGGCCGGGCCGGCGGCCGGAGGGAAGGCUCCUCUCCAUGGUCCAGAAGACCAGCAUGUCCCGGGGCCCUUACCCAUCCUCCCAGGAGAUCCCCAUGGAGGUCUUCGACCCCAGCCCACAGGGCAAAUACAGCAAGAGGAAAGGGCGGUUCAAAAGGUCAGAUGGGAGCACAUCCUCGGAUACAACAUCCAACAGCUUUGUCCGCCAGGGCUCAGCAGAGUCCUACACCAGCCGUCCGUCGGACUCUGACGUGUCUCUGGAGGAGGACCGGGAAGCCUUAAGGAAGGAGGCAGAGCGUCAGGCGUUAGCCCAGCUAGAGAAAGCCAAGACCAAGCCAGUGGCAUUUGCUGUGCGGACAAAUGUCGGCUACAACCCAUCUCCAGGGGAUGAGGUGCCUGUGCAGGGAGUGGCCAUCACCUUCGAGCCUAAGGACUUCCUGCACAUCAAAGAGAAAUACAAUAAUGACUGGUGGAUCGGGCGACUGGUGAAGGAGGGCUGUGAGGUUGGCUUCAUCCCCAGCCCUGUCAAACUGGACAGCCUGCGCCUGCUGCAGGAACAGAAGCUGCGCCAGAACCGCCUCAGCUCCAGCAAAUCAGGUGACAACUCCAGCUCCAGCCUGGGAGACGUGGUGACUGGCACCCGCCGCCCCACGCCCCCUGCCAGUGGUAAUGAAAUGACUAACUUAGCCUUUGAACUAGACCCCCUAGAGUUAGAGGAUGAGGAGGCAGAGCUCGGGGAGCAGAGCGGCUCUGCUAAGACUAGUGUUAGCAGUGUCACUACCCCGCCGCCCCACGGCAAGCGCGUCCCCUUCUUCAAGAAGACAGAACACGUGCCCCCUUAUGAUGUGGUACCUUCCAUGAGGCCCAUUAUCCUGGUGGGACCGUCGCUCAAGGGCUAUGAGGUUACAGAUAUGAUGCAGAAAGCUUUAUUUGACUUCUUGAAGCAUCGGUUUGAUGGCAGGAUCUCCAUUACUCGUGUGACAGCGGACAUUUCCCUGGCUAAGCGAUCAGUCCUUAACAACCCCAGCAAACACAUCAUCAUUGAGCGUUCCAACACACGCUCCAGCCUGGCUGAGGUUCAGAGUGAGAUCGAGCGGAUCUUUGAGCUAGCCCGAACCCUUCAGUUGGUUGCUCUGGACGCUGACACCAUCAACCAUCCAGCCCAGCUCUCCAAGACCUCACUGGCCCCCAUCAUUGUUUACAUCAAGAUCACCUCUCCUAAGGUUCUUCAGAGGCUCAUCAAGUCUCGAGGGAAGUCUCAGUCCAAACACCUCAACGUCCAAAUAGCGGCCUCAGAGAAACUGGCGCAGUGUCCCCCUGAGAUGUUUGACAUCAUCCUGGAUGAGAACCAAUUGGAGGACGCCUGCGAGCACUUGGCAGAGUACUUGGAAGCCUAUUGGAAGGCUACACACCCGCCCAGCAGCACUCCGCCCAAUCCGCUGCUGAACCGCACCAUGGCUACUGCAGCCCUGGCUGCCAGCCCUGCCCCUGUCUCCAACCUCCAGGGACCCUACCUUGCUUCCGGGGACCAGUCGCUGGAACGGGCCACGGGGGAGCACGCCAGUGUGCACGAGUACCCGGGAGAGCUGGGCCAGCCCCCAGGCCUUUACCCCAGCAGCCACCCGCCAGGCCGGGCGGGCACCCUGCGGGCACUGUCCCGCCAAGACACGUUUGAUGCCGACACCCCUGGCAACCGAAACUCUGCCUACACGGAGCUGGGAGACUCGUGUGUGGACAUGGAGACUGACCCCUCCGAGGGGCCAGGGCUUGGAGACCCUGCAGGGGGCAGCACCCCACCAGCUCGACAGGGAUCCUGGGAGGAUGAGGAAGAAGACUAUGAAGAAGAGCUGACCGACAACCGGAACCGCGGCCGGAAUAAGGCCCGCUACUGCGCGGAGGGCGGGGGCCCAGUUCUGGGGCGCAACAAGAACGAGCUGGAGGGUUGGGGGCGGGGUGUCUACAUCCGCUGA